AUGAAUCUUGAAUUCUUCAAUGCAUAUGCACUUGAUGGAUAUGAAAAGGUUUCCAGGGAUGUGUGCCCCAUAAAUCUUGAAUACUUGAUGGAAGCUCUGGCAAUGAGUGAAGACUUUUGCACUGUUCCAGUGAGCAUAGACCGUUCGUAUGGCAAUACUUUUCGGUUUGAUUUGCAAAAUACGUUGCAGAAGCUUCCAAACAACAUAUUUGAAAAGAGCUAUCCGCUUAGGGAAUUUGACUUGCAGAAGAGAAUUCACUCGUUCUUCUACAAGGCUGCUGAGUUCUGUAUGGUUGGAUUAACUGCUGGAGCAGCACAAGGUGCUUUGACAAAUUUUGCUGCCAGUAAAAAGAAGGAUAGGUUAUCUGUCACAAUCCCAACUGUGAGUACAAAUGCUCUCGGUUAUGGUGCAUUCCUUGGGCUCUAUGCGAACUUACGAUAUCAGCUAUUGUGUGGAGUUGAUAGAGUGAUGAUCAACCAUUUUGACGUUAUUGGAGUGGCUCUGUUCUUUAGCACAGCUUUGAGGAUUUUGAAUGUUCAAUUAGGGGAGACAUCAAGGCUGGCUUGGCUCGGGGUGGAGGCAGAUCCACUGGCCCAGUCAGACCUCUUGAAGGCAUACAACAGGCCUUCUGAGGGUGCUGCUGAGUCAUCUUCAAAAUGGUUUAUAUCAAAGAAGGCCAUUGUUUCUGGGCUUGGACUCCUCGGCAUCAAACAGGGGACAGGUGAUUCUGUUGCUAAUCAGGAAUCAUCACCUCCCAAGGCACGAAGAAAGAGGGUCAUCAGGAAGAAGGUCACCACAACUUCUGCGUAGUUUACCCGAUCUAAUCACCAUGACCAAACAAUUUUGCAGCCUGAUAAGAAAAUGCGGGACGAGCUUGCAUGUCAAAUCCUGAGCAGAAAGAAGAGCUGAGAGAGAUGGUGUUCCCCGGUGAUCCAGGCUGCUAAGGUGGAAGUCACUGAAAGCCAUACAUUCAACAGUUCUUAGGAGAAUAUUGGGGGAGAUUUCUUGAAAUUUUUUUUUUCCUUUCUCAUUCCCUUGUUUUGAUUCUUAACUAGUUUGUUAGACACUGUGUCCCAAAUUCCAUAUUCAUCUUCCAAAUAAGAUGGGAGGUUUAUUGUUGUGCUCAUUGCUAGGAAGUCUUGUACUUAAUUACUCAUUUUUGACCAUUUUCACGUUUCUGGAGUUGCCACCUGAUUUCUAGUA